CCUAAAUUCUAAAAUCUUAAUUUUAAAAUCCCUAAAUCCCUAGUGACCAGAAGAACGACUGAGCGACUCUGCCAAACACUCCGACGACCCUACGAAUCUGCGAAUUUGGGGAUGUUGAAGUUGCAUCUUUCAAUAAUUUGAGUUUGAGUGCAAUGACAGAUUGUAUUAGAUAGUUCGAACUCGUACACUCGAGCCAAUUGAGCCGAGCUUAGCUAUAUAAAAAUUUGGCGAGUUCAAGCUUCAAUUUUAAGGUUCGAUCGAGCUUGAGCUUGAGCUUGAUCCAUCAUAUUUUUAUUGAGCUUGGCUCGGCAUGUUUGCAGGCCUACAACCCAGUUCUAAAUUGUAUAAGAGAUUACAAUUAAAGUUUGAACUAGCAGUUAUGGUUAAGAUUUUUUAUUUUAGCAAACCAUGAAUCAUCAAUUACGGUUCGGAAGAUACAUAGGAUAACAUAUGAGAUGAUACAUGUGACAAGGACAAGAAUUGUACUCCGUGAAGACAUGUUGUGAUUUGUGAGAUGCACAAGGAAGCUAAGCGCAAUAACUCCCAUCCCUUGGGAUUUUAAAAGCCGCAGAAUUGAAGCUUCAAUUCCAUUGCAUCUAUCAGCUGAUUCUUGGCCGCCCUUAUCACUCUCCCACUCUACACACUACCUUAAUCCUUUCCUCUCAAAUUGUCCCUUCAUUACAAGUAAAUUAGUUAUCGGAAUUAUGGCGAAAAAAGACAGAAUUAGUGAACUCCUGGCCGAUAUACUUGACAAUAUUAUGGGAUUUUUGCCAAUUCAAGAAGCUGCUAGAGCUGCAAUUUUAUCUUCCUUCUGGCUUACAUAUGUCUUAAAUAUUCCGAUGCUGAAGGUCCGGAUUCGGAAUCUCCUAUUUUUGAAGUAGUCAACAAAAUUCUCAUGCGGCACAAUGGAUCUAUUCACAAAAUUGUCUUCGAUUUCUCUAGAGAAAUAGUGGAUUUCCCUUUCUCAGAGGAUAUAGAUAAUUUGUUGGAGGACAACAUGAAUCAGUGGUUUCUUCUUCUCAACCAGAAUGGUGUUGAAGAAAUUGACAUUUCUUGUUUUGAAGAUUCAGGAUACCUGGUGCCGAAUUGGAUAUUUUCUUGCCCAACACUGAAGAGAUUGAAACUUUCUAAUGUCGUUGUUGAACUAGCAAAUGCCUAUGUACUUCCGAAUGUUACAUCACUUAAUCUUGAAUAUGUUGAAUUUGUGCAUGAAAAUUGUUCGGAUUAUGUUGUUUAUCUUCCUAUGCUAGAGGAUCUCUCAUUUCGUAAUUGUGAAAACAUAUUUUAUUUUAACAUUGUUGCUGCUCCUAAACGUUGUAGUUUAGUUGUAUCAUUUGACUACUGGAGUUGGCAUAACCCCAAGGUUAUGUUGCCUAACUUCGACUUGGGAUGUAUCUCAAGUCUUGAUUUGAAAUGUCCCGUUCGUUACCUUGAGAUGUUUAUUGAAGAACUUAAUACAGUGGGACAACCGUUUGCACUAAACGUUGAACACCUCAAGCUGUGUAUAUCAACUGCUAGCUGUUUGCGAGAUGAUAUAAAUCCAUUCAUACAACUGAUGCGGGCAUGUCCGAAAUUAUGCGAACUAGAUAUACGGCGUGUGAAGUUUUUGAAGUUAAAUCCAGAGGAUUUUGUGCUUAUGGAGGAACUUAGUAGUGUGGCUCAAACACAGAAAAUGCUUCGCACUUUGAAGUUUAGCCAUUUUAUUGGGAUGAGGUCUGAAAUGCAAUCUAUCAAGGUGUUACUUGCUUGCUUUCCAAGAAUUGAGAAGGUUGUCAUUGCUCGAGGUUGGAUUAGCCCCGAUAAAGAAUUCGAAAUUAUGCAGGAACUUUUACGUUUCCCUUGUGCCUCUACAAAAGCAGAAAUUGUUUACAUAUAAUAAUUAAGAUGUCUCUUUAGUAUGUAAGUUCUGUAGUGUGUAAUGGUUUAUGGGAUUGCUUACUAGGUUUGAAGGUACUGUCACAACUGUACUUGGAUUUAAGGUUAAUUAAUUGUUUGUUCCCCUGUGAUAUAUUAAGUUACUGAA